CCAAUCCCUCGAGCGCGACUAUGACCGCUCGUACGCUCCGCCGCCGCCCCCCGAGGAGGAGUACUACCGACGCGAGCCACCCCCCCUCUUCCUUGGAGAGCUGCAAUCUCAGAAUUCCGAUCUUCAAAGGGAACUGGGAAACCUUAAGAAAGAACUGGAAUUGACCAACCAGAAACUCGGCUCCAGCAUGCAUAGCAUUAAAACCUUCUGGAGCCCUGAGCUGAAGAAGGAGCGGGCACUGAGAAAAGAAGAGAGCGCCAAGUACAGCCUUAUUAACGACCAACUGAAACUGCUCAACCAAGAGAACCAGAAACAAGCUAUGCUAGUACGACAACUUGAAGAAGAACUCCGACUGCGCAUGCGUCAGCCCGCUCCCGAACUACAACAACAGCUGGAAGCCUUAUUCGCCGAGAACGAACAUCUGCAGAGGGAAAUAGCCAUAUUAAGAGAUACAAUAAAGGAACUAGAAUUGAGGAUCGAAACACAGAAACAAACGCUCCAAGCAAGAGAUGAGAGCAUCAAAAAAUUACUCGAAAUGCUCCAAAAUAAGGGGAUGGGUAAAGAGGAAGAGCGUCAAAUGUUCCAACAAAUGCAGGCUAUGGCCCAGAAACAGGAGCUCAAGGCGACGGCGGACACGCUGCGGGCGCUGCAGGCGCAGCUGGAGCGCGCGCUGGCCGCGGCCGGGCUCCCGGGCGGCAGCGCGGGCGCCACGCUCACCGCCGUGCUCGAGACCAAGGAAGCGCGCAUCGCCACGCUGGAGCGCCAGGUGGCCUUGCUCGAGAGCGAGCUGGCCGCGCUCGUGUCGCCGCCGCCGCCCUCGCUCGCGCCCUCGCACGCCUCGCUUUACGAUAAGGCCGACCCUCCCUUCAAGAGACAACUGGACGAGUUCCGGUUGGAGAUCCAGAGACGCGACCAGGAGAUCCUGGCCAUGGCCGCCAAGAUGAAGGCGCUGGAGGAACAGCACCAGGACUACCAGCGCCAUAUCGCCGUUCUCAAGGAAUCACUCUGCGCUAAAGAAGAACACUACAGCAUGCUCCAGACCGAUACAAAGAACUACUACCAUGCACAGGUGGAAGAACUGAAAGCCCGGCUAGACGAGAAGAGUAGGUUGGUGGAGAAGAAGACGGCGGCCGCGUUGGCUGCGGCCCACGAGCUGGCCGAGCUCAGAGACCACUCCGAGAUCAAGGAUCGGAAGAUCAACGUGCUGCAGCGAAAGAUCGAAAACUUGGAAGAUUUACUCAAAGAGAAAGACAAUCAAGUCGAUAUGGCACGAGCUAGACUAAAUGCAAUGCAAGCCCACCACUGCUCGUCUGAAGGCGCACUUUCCUCUCUCGAAGAAGUUAUAGGCGACAAAGAAAAACAAAUCCAACAGCUAAGAGAACAGAGAGAUAGAGCUGAACAUGAGAAGAAUGAGGAGAGGGAACUUCAUGAAAGAGAAAUAGCUGAAUAUAAGAUGAAACUCCACGCCCUUGAAAGUGAGGUUGAGAAACUCGGCGCAAGGCUUGAAAGAGCUCAAGCUGAGAAAGACCGUCUCGAAGCCAAACUCGAAAGCUCACAAUCUGAACUUGGAAAAUCGAAAGCAGAACUUGACAAAGCAGCCAGUGAAGUCGGAAGGUCAGGUGCUGAUUGGGAAGCCGCGAAACAACGUUUGGCAAGACUUGAACUCGAAAAUGAGCGACUCAAACAUGAACUAGAAAGAUCUCAAACUACUUUCGGCAGGAGCACUUUGACUACUUCACAAGAGUUGGAUAGAGUUCAGGAGAAGGCAGAUAAGAGCGCUGCGGAGUUGAGGCGAACUCUAGCUGAGUUGAGAGUGACUCAGGCUGAUGCUGAAAGAGCUAGAUCUGAGGCUAGUGCUCUGCAAGAUAAGCUGGAGAAGUCCCAAGGAGAGGUUUAUCGUCUGAAGGCCAAGCUUGAAAAUGCACAAACUGAACAGGAUAGCUUGAAAGAAGAAUAUGAUCGGGUGCAAUCAUCAGUCAGCCGUCUUCACUCUGAACGUGAUAAGGCCGUCGCAGAGCUUGACAAGGCUAGAGAAGAGCUGGAACGGACUCAGGCCACGCUCGGCAAGGCCCAACUCCAACAGGACAAACUCCAAGCGUCACUGGAUGCUGCGCACUCGGAGAUCGAUAAGCUUCAGGAGAAAUUAGACAAGUCAGCUGUUGAAGUCAGGAAGUUGCAAGUGGAUCGUGAGAAGCAGGCCUACGACUUCGAGUCGCUACAAUCCCAGCUCGACAAGGCUCUCGGCCAGGCCGCCAGGCUUCAGAAGGAAAGAGACACCGCCCAGCUGGACGCCGACAGAUUCCACGACAAGCAUGAGAAAGCACAGGCACUAGUAGCUCGCAUCCAAAAAGAACGUGAUGCAGCGCUAGCGGACGCUGCAAGCGCCAGAGAGCGUGCUGAAGCGGCGGCCGCGGCUGCGAACAGAGCCGCGAGGGACCGCGACAGUGCUGCCACCGAGCUGGACGUGUUGAGGGAGCGGUGGGAGAAGGCACAUCAACAGCAUCAGAAACUCACGAUGGAAAGAGAUGACGCGCUGACGGAAUUGGAAAUAAUGAAAGAGAAACUCGACAAAGCCCUCUACUCCACGCAAAAGACCAUCGAAGAGAAGGAGACUGCGCACAAAGAAUACGAAAAAAUGCUCGAAAAGUAUGAUAGAUCUCAAAACGAAAUCUACAGGCUGCAGAACAAGAUAGACAUUCUCGAAGCAGAUAAAGACCGUAUUGAAUUGGAAUUCGAGAAGCAGGCCCAUCUCGCUACCAAGUCGAGGGAAGAUCAACGCAAGCUACAGGACGAACUGUCAAGACUACAAGAAAUGUAUGAUAGGGCUUCACUUCAACUCGGUAGGACUAAGGAACAGGAAGAGAAAGCCAAGGAAGACAUGGACAGGUUAAGUGUUGACAUCGAAAUGGUUCGAGAGCGGUACGAGAAGGGCCAGAUAGAACUGCGAAGACUCCAGGCUGAAAAAGAAAAGUUAAUUGCAGAUGGCGAGCGGUUGCAAUUCGAAUACGACAGGGCAAUGACACAGUGCGGCAAAGCGCAGGCUUCUAACGAGAAAACACAAGAGGAAAUGGCUAGAGUGCAAAUAGAACUGGAGAAGAUGUACGAUAAGCACGACAAAGUGUCAGCCGAAUUGAGAAGAGUGCAAGCCGAAUUGGAUAAGGUAAAACAGGACGCCAGCGGGGCCAGGGAAGAGGCUGAGCGAUACGCAGCCCGGUACGGCAAGUACCACGACACGAAGGAGGAACACGAGCGGACUAAGCUGGAGGUGGAACGACUUCGCACGCGCUUAGAGAAGACCACCAUCGACCUGGAGCGAGCGCGCAAGGCUGAGGAAGAGGUUCUACGACUGCGAUCGGAGCUCGAACGCGUUGAAGCCGUCCGAGGUAAAUACCAAUUCGAACAGGACAAGUGGACUAACGAAUUGAACAGAAUGCAGGCGGAGCUCGACAAACAACGCGAGCGGUACGAAUCGUCACAGGGCGACGUACAGCGGCUGCAGGCUGAGAAAGAACAAGCGGAGACCAAGCUACACGAGAUGAACAUACAACUGGAGCUAUCGAAGAGCGAGGUGUCCAAGCUGAGUGCGGCGUUAGAGAAGCAGCGAACAGACCUAGAACGCGCUCAUAUUGAGUGCGAGAAGUUCCGAGACAGGUGCGAGAAACUAAAGCUGCGGUCAGAGCAACUAGACAAGGAUAACGAGCGACUCAAAGGAGAACUGCAACAGAUUGAGAGGAUGAAACUGCAGGCUGUGGCCGGAGACAAGGCUAGGACCGAAGAUAGACUUGAAAUAGAACGUCUGAGGGACAAACUCGAGAAGGCUAUACAGGCAAGAGAUGCCACAGAAAUGGAAGCCGGUCGCCUGGCGAAGGAGCUUGAGAAGUCACAAAUGCACCUCGCUAAAUACCAGGAAACGAAUGAGACAACGCGAGUCGAAUACGAGAGGAUGACAAACGAACUCGGUCGUAUGCACGAGCGCCUCGAACGAACCAUCCUAGAGAUGAGACAGAUGGAACAAGAGCGAGACGCCUUGAGAGCCGAGAUACAGAACACGAGGCGCAACGUGGAACAACAGCAGAGAACAUUAGACCACCGCACGCAGGAGACUCUCGUUAAACUCCAACAAGAACUCGCACAGUCUGUCCGCGACCGAGAAAAGAUGGCGUCCAUCUUAGAACAGAGAGACAAACAGGCCGAUGCUAUCGAAAAACAAAUAGUCAAACUGGAAGCUGACACAAAACAGCUGACUAUCGAGCGCGAUCAACUAGUUGCACAACUAGAAAAAUCGCAGGACAUGCUCGUCAACUUCCAGCGAGAACUAAACGCUUCGGAGGCCGAAUUACAGAAACAACGCGAAGAGGUCAGACGGGUGAAGGAGGAGCAAAGAAAAAUGGCGCAAGACAGCGGCGGUGCAAAGAACGUAAUCGAAAGCCGAGACAGAGAGAUCGCUAAACUCCAACAGCAAGUGCAAGCGGUGACCAAAGAGAAAGAUUCGAUAAGACAGCGAGCGGAGAAGGCCGAGAAAGACGCUCAGAGAGUGGGAGAGAUCGAGAAAUGGCGAGCUGCGGUCGAGCAAGAGAAGUCUAAGGCUAUAGCUGCGGAGCGAGCGCUAGCGGAGUGCCAGCAGCGGCUGCAGAACGCGGACAAGCAGCUGCAGGCGCUGCAGGCGGCGGCGGCGGGGCGCGGCGGCGACGCGCUGGCGGCCGCGCAGGCCGAGGCGCGCGCGCACGCCACCGAGCGGGAGCGCGCGCAGGCGCAGCUCGAGAUGCUCGUAGCAGAGCUGCAGAACACGCAGCUCGAUCUCCGAGAAGCGAACAAGAAGCUGGCGAGUGCGGGCGCGCAAAACGCCAAAGCUGGGGAAGACACAGCCCAGGCUAAGAAGCAACUCCAAGAUGAAUUCAAGAAGCUGGACGACGCGAGGAGACAGUUCGAGGAGCAGAGGAGAGUGGUGGAGAACAAGCGGAAAGAAGUGGAAGAGAAGGAGAAGGCGUUCGCGGAGUUAGAUCGACAGUUGAAGAAGAGGAAAGAGCAAAUGGACCAAAUGGAAGCAUCUUUGAGGAAGGCGGGCGGCAGCACAGCAGCAGUAACAGACCUGAACCGCAAGCUAUCAGACUCGCAGAAGGACGCAGAACAGCUUAAACAGCAGCUCGACACCACUAAAGAAGAAGCUCAGCGUCUGACAGCGGAGACGGAGCGUCUGCUGCAGCUGGUGCAGAUGUCGCAGGAGGAACAGGCGCAGAAGGAGAAGCAGAUCAUGGAACUGCAGCAGUCUAUAAGGAAUCUUCAAGCCAAACUGAAAAGUCAGCAACAAGCACAAGCACAAAGAGAAGAGGAUCUGACGCGCGCGAGACAGAGCGAGCUAGCGGCCAUGCGGGAGCUAGAUACCGCACUCACACACAAAGACUUGCUCAAGGCCAAGUUGGAGGAGAGCAGAAUGAAAGUCAUCAACUUAGAGAUAGAGUUAAACGAGUCAUCGCUCUUGCUGUCUGAAGUGUUGAAGAUGGCAGACGGGAACGAUACGAACGUCAUAAAGAGAAGUAAAAGCUAUUUCGAAUUGCAAAAGAGUGGUAAGGUAGUGGGUAGGCUUGACAAGUGCAGAUUAAGUAGAAGUGACAACGACUUGGAUCUGACGCACUGCAGAGAUAAGCGGGAACCGAACGUGAGCAAGCUGAUGAGGAAGGUUUCUGACUUGACGAAGGAGAUGGGGAUCAAAAACUCGAAAAUAAUCGAACAGCAAAGAUGUAUAUCUAUUCUAGAAGAGGCUUUAAGAGAGAAUAAUAAUAUCGCUGAGUUUGAACAGCUACUUGCAGUGGUCAGAAGUAAAGAUGAAAGAAUAGAAAAGUUGGAAAUGAUAGUCAAUAAGAAAUCUGGAACAAAUUCAAGUGACUGCAAAGAUAAGAGGAUAUUGGAACUAGAGAAUGCUUUAAAGGAAUCGUUUUUGAUAGCCGCUGAAAGAGAGAAAGUAUUUUAUGAGGAAGAACAGAGAAGAAUUGAAACGUUAAGAAGGAUGGGUAAAAUGGAGCAACGCAUACGCUCGCUUCAGAACGCGUCGACUCUGAACUGCGAGACGUGCUCCUCAGUCCUGAAGCGACUCAAACGGAUGGAGGAUGAGCUCAGCCACUGUCAGAACAACAGGGACCAUGUACUGCGCCAGUUAUCACAUAUCGUACAAGACGUGUUGGAAGGUUUUAUCAGUGAGAAAGACGCUCAGAUAGCUGAGCUUGAAGUGAAAGGGGUACUUGAUGAGAACGAGACGGAGAGAUGUGGCGUGCUGAAAACGGAGCGGGAUAGACUACUCAAUAGGCUAAAGAUAGAGAACGAGCGCAUCCUGGACCUGUCUCACAGCGGCCAGUACCAGCCGGCCGCCCAGACCUCGCUCCCCGUGGACCUGACGCUGGCCGACGGCCUGCUGCAAGUCUGCGACAACAAUGAGGAGGACAUCCCAGCGACAGUGCUCUAACGACAAACGCAGCUAAGUCAAAACGUAACUCUGUUUGAGGCCUUAGCCAUAUCACCGCACUAGUCACCCAUUGCUACCUUACCAACUCAUCAUUGCUUAUCACUCCAGCAUUCAGCCAAAAAUAAAAAAAAAACGCCCUUGCGCUUUCAACUCCAAAAAAAAACCGAAUUUACCAUAAACCAAAGUUCUAUAACCAUGUUAAGUUUUCUGUAAAUAAAAUUUUGUUUUUUUAUUUUCAUUUUCUUGUUUUAUUUUUAUUUGACAUUUGUCCUACGUGAUUUGAUAGCGAGAAUUUAUUUUUUUAACUCUAAAAGUUGAAGGAACCAAAUGAUUUAUAUAAACGUCUUUGUAACGGCACUUGUUGAUAAAACUUUAGAGCAAUAAUUACCGAUAUUAUAGUUGAACCAUCGAUGUCUAAUUUUAACUUAUUAUAGUCAAAUCUAUCAAUGUUCUAAUGCUUUAACAUACAUAUAUAUUACUUAUAUAUACAUGUUGUUUACGACGCGUUGAAAAUUACAACUUGGCUAUAUAUUAUUUAAAAAUCUUUAAGCUUAUUCCAAUUUUCCAAAAACAAUUUCCAUAGACUAAAAAAGUCGAUCAAGAAAUCUUCCUUUCGAAAUAAUUUUCAACGCAUCGUAAAAAAUUAAAAUAGUAGUUAAUUAUAAUACUUUCACCUUGACAAAGGAUUUUGGACUCUAUCUUCCUGAAUCUAUUCCUUAGGCAUCUGUUAGAAUGUUACUUUAAAUAAGUAGACACUGAUAAUAAAAUUAGUGAUUGUUUUGCAAAAGGUCGCAAGCAGACGAAACAAUAACUUCUACAUAUCAUGCACAAAGUAUAUGGAAGAGUAAAUAUCACAUGCAAAGCUAACAGUCUGCAUAUCAUUACGAUAUAAUGUAGCUUCUUACUCAUAAAUCAUAAAACCUUAAGAAUCGGUGCGAAAUGUUUUUGUGAGACAAGAAGCUUGUACAACGUCGAAAAAGCACUGCCUUACAUACUAAGUAAAAUAAAGAAUAUUUUUUGUUAAGCAAAGCCUCGUUGCGCGGAAAGAGUCCGGGACGACCGCUCUUUUCGACUGAUAGCGAUAGAAUGAGAAACCGCGGGAAAUGUUAACGACGACCUUCCAAUAUGGCAGCUACCGAACGACCCGCUCACGAGUCACUAUACUUACAAGUUUUGAGCUUUUUAUAAAUAAAACAUUAUACAAGAAACAGUAUUGUAUUUGUGAUAAUAAUAGAACCGGUGUCUACGAAAUCCAAUUUGUGAAAUAUUUUUAAAUUCCACACGUUGUUACUUAUCUACUAUAUAUAUAUAUAUAUAAUUACAGAUAUAAAAAAAAUAAUUUGUACAUCUAGUUAAGUAUUUAAGCCAUUUAAGCUUAUUGCUGUUUUAAGCAAUUGUUUUUUAAUGAUAAAAAGAAGGUCCCAUUUUCAUAAAUUGGAUUGUCGCUCCUAAUUUGAAUGAAACAUCGAAAAAUAAUACGCAUAUUUUUCUCGAAUAACUAAUAUUUACUUCAAUAAGGGACAUUGGUCAACUGUUUUGUUUUGGAAUUGUAUAACUUGUAUCUCGUUUAGUGUUAAGUGCAUCAGAUGACCUAUAUAAUGAUAGUUUACCCUUCGUUACUGCCCAAUGUCCUUUAGGGUUAUAGGCUGAUCCUUCUUCUAUCUCCCACUAAUUUAUAUAAAAUGUUAUAUUAUUUAAUCACAAAUUAUAGAGUGUUGGCAAAUUCUAUGGCUUCUAUACACGGUCGCUGAAUGUAGUAGGUAUAUGUACGCAGUAUGGUAGGCGGGAUGUAUAGCGGGCUGCGCCGCGCCGCGGGCCGUCUCUCCGCGCCUCUCCGCCGCGCGCCGCACCCGAGCGAAUUAACCUUUUGUAUUGAUCAAGUGUGUAGUUGAAUUGUAUGGUUACAAGUCACAAUAAUUAUUAUGAUAUUAAAGUAAAUGAUAUUAGUUACUUGUUACAUAAUAUAAUGGUAUAUAAAUAAACAGUGGGUCGUAUUGUUUCACGAGUUGUAUUGACCGAAAUUAUGCUGAAAUUAAAAAAAAAUACAUGUUCUUUGAAAAUAUAAUAUCUUCAUAUACGGAA